AUGCCCAGCGUGUGUGUCGAGAUUGGCAUGCGAUGGGCAGCCACUGGUGAAGUUAUGGAAGAUAUCAGCAUUAGCCAACCCCAUAUUGAUUUCAACAUCCCUCAUAUAGCAUCUCUGAAGUCUCCCAAACCGCCUCACGACUCGCAAGACCUUUAUUCCUUUGACCUUAUGUCGGCCACUACUAGUGCCAGUGCUACGACGACGGGAAACGUGAACCCAAUCAAUUAUGGAGUAGCUCGACCAUCAAUGGCCUCUACGCCUCUCUGGGAAAACUUGCUACACUCAAGUAGACGGGCACCUACAUCUGUUUCUGAUAUAGCGUACAUGGCACCUCCUUCUGCUCCUAUGGACAAAAACGCGACCUCGAUGCGCGUAUUACUGCAUGACACACAGGCUAACUUUGAAAAGUUUGGAAAACACGUUGGCCAAUUGUUCGAAGAGAUCAAAGAAUCCAAGGCCGAAAUCAAGUCGAUUCAUUCUCUGUUUGACAAAGACCGUGAAAGCCUCAUGGGAGACAUAGUUGAUCUCGUCAAUAGAAGCCAAAAGGAAAUUCAAAAGUCUGUUGGAGUCCCGGCACAAGACACAAUGGUUGAGCAACUGUUUAAAGAUGUCAACUAUCGCUUGAGUGGCCUUGACCAACGACUGGAUGCCAUCCAAUCGUUUAAUCAGGCGCAUACUCAGGCUCUGCAAACUCAAAUCCAGGCUGUGCAAAUUCUGCUCGAUAAACAAGCUACUAUAAUGGCUGCUGUACUGCCUUUGCUGCCUUUGCUUCAAGCCAUACCGCUGCAUAUAGACGCUUUAAAAACGAACUUGACAGAGACUUUAUCAAAUUUCGUGACAUCCUAUAAAUUUCCGGCAACCAUUCAGGAACCUGCGUUGAAUAAUCUAGGAAAACGGAUACGAGUAGAAUCCGACAAACCUCCUCAGUCUGUGUCAACUACACCUUCCAUGUCAACACCAGUUCACAAGAAGGCUCGGAUUGAUAAGUUGCCCAGCAAAUCCCCGUCAAAGCAUGCCUCGGUUUCUGAGAUUGCGAAUCCAAGCUCUUCUCCUAUUCAAAGAGCGCCCUUGGCCUCUAUACGUCGUAUUUCCACCAGAUCUCAUACCUCUUCUCGGGGAAAUGACCAAAAGGUUGGCCCCUCAAAUGGCUUAUCUCCUACGAAUCUUGCUGAUAGAACUACGCCCUUAUCUUCCGGGCGCCGCCGUGGAACAUUCGCGGUCCCUGCCUUCACAACUCCUCGUCGACCGCUAGGCGAUUUGCCGGUAUCUUCACCCCGAGUUACUUCCAAAAAUCUCCAUCGAAGGUCAAGUGUUUUCAGACUGACUGGCACUCAUGAUUUGGCGUCGGAAAGCUCGAGCGACAUGCUGCCUCCUGUGUUUUCUAUGGUGAAUUUGACGGGGCUCACUUCAACAGAGGCUCGGCCGCCAAGGAUUCUACACGCCCAAACAUCCUUUUCGAGUGCUGGUGGCAUGAUGGCUGCUUCUGGUGAUGCCGAUAUUGUUUCUGCUUCUCGAGACGAAAGAUCUUUGCGAGACCCGCGGAUUCCUGUGAACACACCUACUCUACAGCGACAGAGCUUCAAUGUAAAAAAGGAGAGUGUCGAGGACGUCCAUACGCUUGGUACAGGCCACAUGGAGCCUCCUACGCUUGCUUCUGCUGGUCUGGAAAUUUUAGCUGGUAAACCUAAAGGGAUGUUUAACAAGGCACGACGCUCGCCAACGAGAGAAGGCAGGCGAUUCAUUCCCUUGGUAGACUCUGACGAAUCCGAGGACGACGGUGUCAAGUAG